AAUGUAUAUAAGAAAUACUCAAGUUAAUAAAAAAAUUCAUAUUGUCAUGCUUGGGCAGCUGAGCCUAAUUGCUCUUAUUCUUAAUAGUAGGGUUAAAAUAGUCAGUAGUUCAUAGAUAUGUUUAUACAGUAUAAAUAAUAUAUCAAUAAAAAUAUCUGUAGGCAUGGGUUAUUUAAUGGAUAGGCUUGCCUAUUUAACAUAAAGAAUUAAAUCUUGGCUGAGUGGUUGAUAGAGUGUUAUCAACAUCUUUUAGAAUUGACUUAAUAUUUUGAUUUUAUAAUCAAUCAUCAAUGCUGAGAAUGCAGCUUUGCAAAAAUACAUAGUACAAAAUGGCAGAAGUAUGUUUGGGACCAUUUCAGAAAUUGUUAGAAAUUCUGUCCUAAAGCCAAACUGAAAUUCACCAAAUGGUUUUUGUUUGCAAAUGACAUUCAAGUCCGUAACUUAGAAGAAUUUUGAAUCAAGUAUCCAAACUGAAUACGUUGUGAGAUAGAGCAAUGCAAUACUUCCAUAAAUGACAGUAGAAAAAUGCUGAAGGUCGUCUGUAAUUAAACAACUACAUUUCUAUAAGAGUAAAAAUCUUUGUAUAGUAAACACAGCAGUUAGUAAUACAGAGAAGUCUCAAAUCUCAGCCAAGGUGUUUUAGGUAGUGUCCUUUGGCAUUGUGUGCUAUCCUGGCAUGUGCAGUCCAAAGUGCACAUUGUUGUAUAUAUAGAACUGUGGCCAUGCUGCAACUGUUCGUGAUGCAGCGAAGGCGGGUGCCACCAGGACCCCUUCAGAUCCAUUACACUUUGAUGUACUAAUUGUUGGCAGUGUGUGCUCAGAAACCUUUCAUAUUUUCCAAAACCUUCACAGCCUCUUUUGUUUGCUUACCUUGUAUGGGUUUGAGAUCCACAGUGUAAGAGGCUGGACAAUAGAACACAUUUUGAAAGAUGCUGGUUCUAUACAACAUCGCGAUAAUUCUUUACUUGAUGGUCAAGUCAUGCCUCAAGAAAGAAAGAACUUCUGGGGAGGAUCAGUGAGAGGAAGGAAGAAAAGAGCUGAUGAAGAGGGUGAUUAUGUACCUGAAUAAUCAAGGUUUCAAGUCCAGCAACUCCUACAUAACUCUUUAAGGUCACUGUAAUCAGUGUGUAGCAUUAGUAUUUGAUACUUGAUUGCUGAGUGAGUGAAUGAAUGAAUGAACAAAUAAAUGCCUUCUCUAAGCACGAGUUAUCCAGUACCAGUUGAUCCUAAUUAUCCUUUGACACAUGAUGUUUUUAAUAAUGUAAGAUACAUUUCCCUGAUGAUUUCAGGCUCCUAGUAGUAAAUAAGUAAUAAAAUUAGUGACGAAGUGUCUGUUGUACCCUGUGACCCAGGAAAAAAAAGAUACACCAGAACAGGCAGCUUAGGAUAUGAGGUGCCUGGUAACUUUUCUGUUUGAUGUGAAAAGCAGUGAAGACACAUCUGGCUAUGUCCUGAUGUGGGCUUUCCUCCCAGCACAUGGGAUAAACUAUGCUCUUACAGUGCUACAAAAGGCCAUCAUAUUCGGGCACAUGAUUUGAUACAGUGGUGUGUCACCUGGAAGCUAUGCCUCAAGUACUGUGUUAUUAAUGGCAGACACUUGGGAAUGUUUGACUUCCAAUAUAAAUAAGAGCACAUUUAAAACUGCAGCUAGCUUCACUUUGACUCCCAGUUUGAUAGGCUUUCAUAAGUGAGAAAGAAAACAGCUUGCUUGCCAGGAAUCACACAUGCUUGCACCAUCAGACAUAUGUAUCUUAUUGGAACAGAAAUGAUGAGGGUGCUGGAGAAAAGCUAAGGAAAUGCAGUUUUCUAUGCAAAUGCUAAGCCAGAAACUAGGUAAAACAAAACAAAACAAGUCCUAUGAGCCUUCAUUGGAGGUCAGUGAGUCCUGUAGUUAACUUACAUACUCCUUUGGAGCACAGAAUGUUUUCCUUGGUGGUGGAAUCAUGAUGCUUCCACAUCAUAGGUCAACUCCCUGAGGUCAUUAAGUAUGGAAGCCCUAAAAACCCAUUCCUUGUGGUCUUUAGCUCACAGGAAUAGCCAGUCCUCUAGUCAAGCCUAAGUAUCCGUUAUCAGGGAAACCACAUUCUGCCUAAGAGUUUCUAUGGCUGCUCUCUGCCCUCAGGUCUUGAUUGAGGUCCAGUUUCUCUGCAUUCCAAUCCAUUCCUAUUAGCGGGAACCAACAAGCUCCCAUAAAUGGAAGAGUUUAUCACUGUGGGCAAAGGGUUAACACAGCCUUUUUCCCUUCUCUGUGGAAAUCUGUCCUUGUGUUAACAUACCAGCUCUGUUGCCCUGGUAACGUGGUGAAGGUGGAAUGUCAGCUGUGUUACCAGGAAAUAUUGCUUAUAGUAAAAAUGACCCAAUUGUUAAAUUGCUUCUGGUGCUGCUGGAUUGUAAAUGAAUCUAAAUACCUGGCAGGGAGCCAUAGCUUUGGGCUUCCCUGACUGUGGAACACUCACAUGACCCCAGGAAACUACAGUUGUUUACAAAAUAUACCAUCCUGUGGGAUCUGGGGAUUGCAAACCAAGAUACACCUCAUACCUUCUCUACAUCAUUUUUUGUUCCCUUCUGAGCUGCUACCUGGGGAUACAGAGAUGAACCCAUGGAUGAAUGUAGUCUCCUAGAAAGACCCUCUCAUAGGACACUCACCUAGAGUUGCCCUGCUGAUCAGGAUGGUUUCUGGCUCCUUUUCUGCCAAGUAGAUUCACGCAAAUGGUGGCCUAUGGUGGCCUGUAGGUUGCAAAAUUUUGCUGAAUCCAGGGAUUCUCAGUGGACAAGAGUCACAAGAGAAAGGCCAUGUUCUCUGUACUCACUGGAGUUGACAUGGGGUGUGAUCUUCAGAUCCUGCUUUCUAGUUCACGCUGGUCUAAUCCUUAUAAGGACAGUUUGCAGGAACAUGUUUCCCUGUCAUUUUAAGGUUUUUCAUUAGAAAUGGCCUUGUUGAUUUAUCAUUGAACAGGAGUAGGCAGCCGGAAGGGCUGAGAAGCAUUCCCACUCAAAGAGUUUUUCAAAAGUUUUACAUCUAUUUGUGGGGUGGCUCUGACUCUUCUUUAAUUUCUCAUAUAGCUGAUUCUCCUAGCAUGUUUCAGAUGACUGGAGCAUGUUUCCAGUGUUGUAUUUUAUUAAGCAUGUUAACUUCUGUUGCUAUUUGUGCGCUUGUUAGUAAUAAUUAUAUUGCAACUCCCUUCACAGGCCAAUAUGGGCAAGGUGGGAGAGGUUCAAGAUCUGCCACUUGGGGAGUCCAUUGUAUUCACUGAAAACUGCACUAAGUACUCUAUGUGUGUAAAGAUGUAAAUAACUAACUAUACACGGUAGAAACUAUUAUAUACUAUCUUCAUCCAAAGUACGAGUGACUGAAAGCUACAGCAAGUCAUGACUUACCCAAGGCUACAUUGCUUUGCAAGUAACAGAGACGAUGUAUUUGCACCCAUACUGUCCCAUUUCAGAAUUGGAGUGUUGUCGCUGGUAGAGUAUCUUAGCCUUCUGGGUCUCAUAAUAAAAGCAAUGUUUUGUUCCGUUUCAGGGACGGAACCUAACCCAGAUGUUAUUAACUAUAUUGCUCAAUUUCAUCAGAAAAAAACCUUGAGUGGGUGAACAGAGGUACAGCUUGACAUCAUUGGAGUAAAACUUCAAAUCUGCAAGCCUGAGCUGUAUCUAGUCCUCCUUGUCAGAGUUGAAUUUCUUCUCAUUGCUGCCUACUUGCAAAAACACAUUUUCAGGUAGCUAAGUAAAACAGGAGCUACUUAAAGAUCAUUUCUAAAAAGGCAAGUAGGAGGUAAGAGAAUAGGCAGGAUGUGAGGGUUCGUGAAUGAAAGGGGGAUAUUGUAGCAUCCUACCAAUCUAUGUUUCUGAUGUUCAGCAACCUUGAAAGAGAACAUUAAGAUAUCCUUUACUCUCAGGUCUGACUUCCCAGAGGGAGGGAGCCAUAAAUGAAAGCCUGCUUUGUGUGGCUAUAUGACUGCAGAGAUAAUGGCCUAGAGUUCAUUCUUUUAAGUGUGUGUGUGUGUGUGUGUGUGUGUGUGUGUGUGUGUGUGUUUUGAAGCCCUUAUUGCUACAAAACAACCUCACAAUUAUCUACUGUUCACCUUGGCUUCAGUCUUUCUAAAAAUAAUUACGAUAGUGACUUUAAAAAGAAAAACCCACCUACCUACUAUCUAUACUCAGGGCAAUUUCUUGAUCCUGAAGGAUUUAACAAACAACCAACAAAGCCUCAGACCCUGCCUGACCCGAUAUCAACUUGAAACCUGAACAGUCUUUAGACUGAACCAGAUGUGGAACACCACCCUUCACUGAAACCUUGACUGCUGGGCUAAGGCCAGAGUUGAAUUUUAGUUGGAACUUAUAAGUGCAGUCAUGUAUCCAUUUGAUGGUCAAUGCCCAUGCCACCACAUGACUGUCAAAUAAUUUGAAUAUCACUUUUGAAUAUUAUGACUGUACCAAAGUUCCAAGGUAUAAAGUCAUUUCAGUGAGAAGAAAUGUGGUCACCCGUCAGUGAUUUAUUUAAUAACAAGUUAAGAAAGACAACGAAGGAGACAGGUAUGCAAAUAAAUAACCACCUCCUGAUAAAACUCGAGGCAAGAUUAAAGUGGAAUUAAGUGAUUUUUUUUAAAGCCAUGAAAAUCCAAAAGAGGAAGACAGUACUUGGACACUGGGAUGCCAGGGAGGUUUGAAGGGAGAAGUGACACUUGACCUGGGUCUUAAUGGUCUUGAAGUAGGAGCUUACCAGGAUAUGAAGCAGAGGGAACAAGUACCAUGCUUUGGAAAAUAGAAUUUGAGUGAUAACAGUCAUUGUGAGGACAGGAACUGAAGUGGGGGAAUCUCUAUCACUGCCCUAUCCUGAAGUGCUUCAAAUUCCACGGUAGAAAUGUAGUUAAUUCCGUAAAGGACUGCAAGUCCAUAUAUAUUUGUUUCAGAGACAAUAGUGCUUGAUUUGAAGAAAGAUGACUAUUGCAGGCAUGUGGUAUUGUGACCAGGAGGGAGAAAUGGACUAGUGUCAGUGGAACUGUCAGGAAAAUGGAACUUUGCACGAGAGUUUAGGAGUCCAUUGACCUAUGGAAGUAACAGAAUGGCUGGGAAGAAUGAAACAUAUGGAAUUGAGUCACCAAGACAAAGUCUACAGCACUUGGUUAAUUGGAUUUGGAAGACAGAGAAGAGAUGAUUUUAAAGGUUGGAGUGGAGUGCAUGGGCCUGGUUAAAUAGGUUUAAAGAAUAUUUAUUUAUUUAUUUAUUUAUUUAUUUAGUUGGUUGGUUGGUUGGUUGGUUUGUUUUCAGUGUAAGGAAUAGAGCUCAGGGAGUUGUCCAUGAUAAGUGUGCUCUUUACCAGUAGGUUACCUCAUACUAGCUACCCCACACCCCGCACUAGUUUCAGUGUGUUUUGGAGGCAGACUACUUAUGCAUUGGAGUUGGCCUUUGAUGGUUAGAAGGGAGACUGAGAGAGUGUCCCAAAGCAAUGCGUUGGUACUGCCCUCAUUAAGACUGCAUUCCAGUAUAUCAUACAGACUAUUUCUUUUCUGGCAUCUGUAUCUAUAUCUAACCAGAUUUCUUCUUGAAAAUACUGUUUCAACCAGAGAUUUAGCUCUGCAAAUUUUGCUUCUUUCUGUCGCAUUGGACUCUACAACUAUCGAACUGGUUCUCUCAUGAAUUCUUCACAAUAUAUGGCUAAAAUGAUGUAACUUUGUCCCCCGUUAUUAAAGCUUUUCCUCCCCCUUGUCCAGGUAGAGAUAAUACCCACCUCUCUGAGGGCUGUGAGAAGCAAUUGCAUACUGUGAAUUUGGGUCUGUGAUCUGAAAACUUAACUCCAUGUAAUCGCAUAGAUCUGUGGCCACUACUCAUGUAUGAACUUGGGUGAAGUUUGGUAGAGAUUACAGCAAAUAUGCCCAUUUCAAAAAGUUUUACUGGCUACUGUUUUGUUUCAGGAUGGCUGGCAGGACCACAAAUUAAGCUUAAGAUGUAUCCUGAAACCUUUUAGCCAUGCCCCACAUUUGAUCAGAAUCAACCAACUCCUUUGAAAGUUAUCAUGAAACAAAUAGGCAGAUAAAAGCAAACUGUGGACUGGCUGAGGUGAAACAGACCCCUUGUUUUGGUUGGUUAUUUGAUCUUGAUCCAUAUCCUGUCAUUAGGCACAUUGUCAGAUUUAAGAGCUAAUUCCAGACUUCCAUUUAUCUGGGGGGUGAGGCAGUGAAUGAAAUUAUAGUCGAGGAGAAAAAUCCUAUCUACUUCCUUGCAAUUGAGUCUAUCCUUCCAUUUCUGUCUAGUUUUGAGGGCACCUUUCCCCGUAUUUUGUCCCAAGGCUAUGCCAACAAUUCAGGUCUAGGUCAGUGGACGAAUUCGCUAACACAGCUGCAGGCUUUGAAAAUAUAAACAACGUCGAGAGGACUUAUCAAAGGGAGAGAAACAUUUUCCAAUGUUAUUUUUUUAAAUACAACCUUGCUUGGCCUGGGCAUAGUGGCACCUUCCUGGACCCUAGCAUUGGGAGAACCAAGGCAGGAAGUGUUCAAGUUCCAAGCCAGCCUAGACUACAUGGUACCGAACCGCCUCCAUCUUAAACGAGCAAUCAAGCAAACAAGUAGGAAAUACUUGUCUGGCCCUCUAGCACUGACUAUUGUGUGUGUGUAAUGGGUGACAGGGUGCUAGCAUGGUAGUCAGAGGACAGACAACCCGGAGUUAUCAGCUUCAACUCAAGUCCUUUUUAUGCUCUUUUUACCUGCUGAACUGUUUUCCCAGCCCUGGCUUUUUCAUAAUAAAGUUGUUCUAGACAUGUUAUUUACAUUUAAAUUCUCAUCCAUGUGGAGUUUAAGGAAGACUAUAGGGCAAAAAUCUUUAGCCUUCAGUAUUUCAAGCCAACAAACGGAAGCCAAAUUAGCCAUACCCAGGUACUUAGAGAGUGUCUAUUAACUCUUGUUUCUACCAGCAGAGAGCACGUCUUGCCUCCAUCUGACUGGAAAAACUAUCUUCCAACCCACAGUAUGAAAGAAAACCUUUGCUAGCUACUCUUCCAACAGAGGAUGAAUAUCUAGAAUGUAUAAAGGACUGAAAACAUUUCACAGAGAAAAAGCAGUCCCGUUGACAAAUGGGCAACCUGUUUAACCGUUUGGUAUGGAAAUCAGUGUGGAAGUUCUUUAAAAAAAAUCUAAGACUGGAGCUAUCAUGUGAUACAGCUAUACUUGUCUUUAUUCUAGAAGAAUUCUAAGACAAAAUACUAUGAAAAAUACCCGAAUGUCUGUAGAUUGUUGUGCUAUUCAUCUCUGAUAAGAUUUAGAGUUAGCCCAGGUAUCCAUUCGCAGAGAAAGAUAAUAUGGUGUAGACAUAUAUACACAGUGGCAUUUCAUUCAAUUACCAAGACAAGCAAAAUUCUGUCAUUUUCUGGAAAAAUAAUGAACUGGAAAUAUUACAUGUUAAUCAAAAUACGGCAGACUCUCCUCUCACUCUCACUCUUCCCUCCGCUCCCCAUUCAUUCUCUCUCUCUCUCUCUCUCUCUCUCUCUCUCUCUCUCUCACUCUUCCUCCUCACUCUCACUCUUCCUUCCGCUCUUCCUCUCUCUCUCUCUCUCUCUCUCUCUCUCUCUCUCUCUCUCUCUCUCUCUCUCCCUCUCUUCCUCUCCUGGCUUGACACGAAAAAAAAAAUACGGCAGACUCAUAAAGUUAAGUAUCACAUGUGGAACCUAAAGAGAAAAGGAAUAGUGUAUUCAAAGUAGAACCAGAAAAGAGAAAGACAGUAGCGGGAGAGAUGAACAAAAUAUGCAUAUAUGCAAUAGUCACAAUGACGCUUAGGAGAUUUAAGAAUCUAUAUGAUAUAAUUAAAAAUAAACUGCGUAUCAUUGGGGCUGAACGUCUAGGCUUCAAUCGACUGUCAUCAAGCAGGAGUGGGUGGAGUCUUAGGAGAUUUGUGCAUUAUCACAGACAAUAGAUGCAGGUUGUAAGGGAACUGCCAGGGAAGCAAAGGAUGCAAGUCUCAUUUGCUGUUUGUUUCUGUAAACAUCCAUCUGAAGUGAGCUAGCAUUCAACUUUGGUUAAGUAUAGAUGCAUAUAUAGUUGGUCAGUGAGAGUCACUAAUAAAGUUUUCCUUUCCCCCAACAUUGUAUUAUGAACAUUUUCAAACAAUGUAGUUUCCAUAAUAAUAUUAAUUUAAAAACCCUCGAACUGGUGUAAGUAGUAGGGGUUUUAACCAGGCUAAGUUCAGUCAUGAAAAUUCAUUUUGUGCAUUCCCCCAUUGCUUCUUAUGCAUUUUAUUAUUGUAGAAAAAUAAGCGUCCAUCUUUUUGCAGUUAGGGAAGCAUUGCCCUCUAGACUUUGAGCAGCACACAUUUGAAAUUAAUGCAUCUCUUCCUCCCUGUGUCCUUCUCAUGAUUCCAUCAACCAUACCCCGUGUUUUCCCCAUCCUACCCCCAGUUUUUAGACUCCUAAUCUCAUAGGUGUCCUUUCUCUUUGUCUUUUGCUUCUUAUCUCGAGGGGUCUCCCUUAGCAAUAGCUCUGUUCCUUUCCUAGUUCCUUUUAGUUGCUACUGUGGUAUUGAGCAUCAAAUUUAAUGAGUAUUUUCUUUCAUGCCAGACAGCAUGCAAAGCGUUUUUACGCUUCAUCACACUUAGUCCUCAUACUGAUUCUUUGAAGAAAGCAAUUAUCAUGCCCAUUUCACAGAUGGAAAAAUAGAAAUAUGUUACUUUUUCUCCCAAAUACUGUUCCAUACUUCACUACACUCUGGAAAUGCCUUGAAUCUUCAAGUUUCUGGGCCAUCAUUUGCAUGUUUUCUGUACUUUCAUCAUUUUUUUCUCCCCCUUCCAUCCACUCACUCCCACCUCACCACCUUGGCAUUCCCCCUACACUGAGGAAAUGAGCCUUCAGAGGACCAAGGGCUUUUCCUCCUAUUGAUGCCAGAUAAUAUCAUCCUCUGCUACGUAUGUGACUGGAGUCAUGGGUCCCUCCAUGUGUACAAAUUGGUUGGUGGUUUAGUCCCUGGUAGCUUUGGUGGAAUCUGGUUGGUUGAUUGUGUUGUUCUUCCUACUUUCAUCUUUCUAGUUGUGCAAAUUCUACUCAGCUUUCCAGGUCCCACUCUGACUACCACAGCUGCAAGUGUCCUUUUCUUAAGUUGCCUCUCUCAUGGCUUAUACCGCUUCCUGGGUUAUCUUUACAUAUAGCAUCAUCAAAUGCUUACCCUAUCUUCUUAAAGUAAACUUAAUCCCCUUAUAUGCUUGUGUGCAAUAGACCUAUGCUCUGUAGAUUGAUUGCUUUCUCUUAGCCAGCACUAUUUUCAUCACUCUUCAUCACAUCUGAUAGUAAUGAUGUUGUAAUGAUAUUGAACAAAUAAUAAGGCUGUUAAAGACAAAGUGAUGACUGUCUCUCCAUCUAGUAGCUCCUGAGUUUAGGGGUCAAGAUCCAAAUGAUCAUUUGUACUAAAAGCACAAACUAAAUAAACCCCCCAGUUUAUUUAGUUGUGUGUGUGUGUGUGUGUGUGUGUGUGUGUGUGUGUGUGUGUAAAGGACUGGCUUCAUUUCCUUUAAUCCUUUUCCUUCCUCUCACUGUCAUAACAUUUUUGAACAAGAACUCUCUUCUGACUUUACCCACAAUGAAAGCAGCACAGUUUAAAGGUUUUGACUCUUCACAUCUGACUUCAACCCAGGUCGGUGUUUAGAACAUGCAUCUCACUUCUGUUUUUAUAAAUGCUGUUCUCUUCCUCACUACAUCUCUUCCAUUCCAUUUCACUUAAGGCUGUCAUUUAAUUAUUAUUUAUUUAUGUCACUGGGACAUAUGUGGAUGAGGACAGUUAAAUAUGAGGGAACUUACACUUUGGAUAAUCACUAGCCAGACCAUUUUGACAGUUCUCCUAAAGACAACUACAAGUGAGGGAUAAAAUAUAAAGAAGCUACAGAUCUAUGAACUUCCUAUGAAAUUGAAUGAAUGAAUGAAUGGGUUUAUGGUUACUUAGCUGGUGAUGCUUCUGUUUAGCCUACUCUGUGCUUUCUUUUGGAGGUGGGAACAAGAGCGUAGUGUUUGGUCUGUUUUUGCAGGAUUAAAAGAGACACCUGGUAUCACUUAGUACUGAUUGGGUUGGGGAGGCAGCAUUGAAGUGCUGAGAGUCCUCCAAAAGAAGGUCUGCAUUGUUGAGAAGUGAUGCUGGAGUGGGGGGUGAAGAGAGGGAGGGAUGAGUGAUAGCCAUAAGCAGUGAUCUUCUCUCCAGAGGCAUGGAGCUGUUGACAGAACAAAUAAUCACAUUGGAAAGACUUUGAAGCUCCCCACAUGGUCAGCAGACAAGGGACCACAAGACUUAGCCAUAAAUGCUGGAGUUUGUUCAGAGAGCAGAAGGGAGACCUUGCCUUCCCUUGAAGCUAAACCAAUCUGAGACCACAGAACUUCAGCCUGAGGGCUAGGGCUAGGCAGAGAGCUUGCUUUUGAAACUUGAGCUUGUGUUGCUAUGAUGAUGGGGGGUGGGAAUGGGAUGUUGAUGUACGUUCCACUUGUACAAGCAAACCCUCCCAUAAUCUUGACCUUGGGAAGAAAAAAUAUUACAUAAUCCUUUCAUUGCAGUAGGUUACUUUCCAUGCAUACAGCUUUGAUUUUUAGCUAGCUAUUGGUGUACUGUUAAGAUUAGAGCAUCCAUACUUACUUAACACCUGCUUGUUCUGUUUCCAAUAUUUUAUGUAAUACCUGUAACUAUGCUACCUCACGUUUGAAUUCACUCAGGAAUUCGCAAAUGAAGAUCCACCCACACCCAUCCCCUGCACUCACAUUCUUGGCAAUUUCCCACCUUCCUUGGGUAAUAAAGGUUUUUUGGCAACAGCCAGGGUUACCAACAGGUAGGCACACAGUGGAUCUAUGGGUCUGUGGGUCUUCAAGUAUCUUGUGUUAAUCCAGGCUUUGCUCCAAACAGUUGCCAGUGUUGUUUUUUUCCCAACUUCACAUCAUAUUGAAUGUUUUUCUUUUUGUACACCCCCCAACACAUAAUAGUGACAUGAGUACCUUUUGACCCUCUUUCCAUACUGCUCUAAUGGCCUAUUUGUCCACUAUAUCUUUUGUUUUGCUUUAUUGUUUGUUCUUUUCUUCUCCAUUUUCUCUAUGUCCCAUGAUCGACUCUCAUCAUGUCCUGCUUAAAAUGUUGCCACGGCCUUCCCAAAUCUCUUACUCUGAUUUCUAUAAUCACACUGAUUCUGACUAAUUUACUUGGCAUGCCUGGUCCUUACCAGCUUUUCACUCUCUGCAUACUCUGUCUGCCCACUGAUCCCUACCCAUUUGUUGACUGUCCCCCUGUGGACAUCCCAUUGAUCUAUAUCUAUAUCUAUCUAUCUAUCUAUCUAUCUAUCUAUCUAUCUAUCUAUCUAUCUAUCCAUCUAUCUCAUGGUGGGAGUCCCUCCUAAUCUCAACAGGCAGUGUUCUUCACUCUUCAUCCUGUGUUCCUAUAAUAUUUUAUUGGGGGCCCCAUUUAAGCAUUUAUUUCCAUUUGUACGUUAGUGAUGUGCUUGGAACCACUGGACUGUAAGUCCCUUUGAGCUAAGGGAUGGUUGAAUUUGUUUCUGCCUUACUCUGUGGCACCUAACAAGCAUCCUGGGCCUCUUAGCAAUAAUAUAUAGUAUCCCUAGGCUGGAGGUAGAGACGGCUGAGCACUUGCUGCUGUAAGGACAGAUUCAUUUGGCUAAGGCCCUUUAAAUGGCAAAUCAAGUUGUGCUCACUAUUCCGUCUGUCACUGUCCUUGGUUGACUGGAUGAUGCUACCUCCUCAGAGAUCCUAGCACUGGGUUGUUGGUAGCAGUUUGUUAAUUUCAUAAGCUGAAUGGCUCUCUCUUUAUUUCCAGCCUUGCCACAAACUUUAUGAAGUUAUGGCCUGCUAUUGGCUUCCUGGGUGUACCCCAAAUAUACAGAAUUCUAUUGACAAAGCACUUCAAAAUCCUUGUUGGGUUGGGGUCCCUGUCUACCUUGCAGCUGCUCCUACAAACCCACAUUGAUCUGCACUUUCCUUCUAGAACCAAGAGAUCUAAAGUCAUAUCUCACAUAUAAGUCAACUGUAGGUUUUAGCAUCUGCAGCACCACGGUGCCUGGGGUUCAGAUGCUCACGGCUUUGAUCAGAUUAGAACUUGUUUGACGUUUUAGCACUUUCAAGUGACCAAAUACAUAGAAAACAUCUUUCACAGCAAAAAGAGCAUCAUUUCUGAAUCCAAAAGAAUUAUAUAUAACAUAUAAAAAUAUAAAUAUAUAUCAAUGUAUACACACAUAUUUCCUUUUCUCCUUUUUCCCAACCUAUAUUACCCCUCAGACCAAUUUAAAGCUUAAAGGGUUUAGACAAAAUAUAUUCUGGAACCAAUGAAAUGAAGUAUGUCACCUAGGCCAGAAUGUAGCCUGUGUGUCUCAUGCAAGACCAAGAAAUCAUUCACUAUUGCUGAUUUAGAAUAGGAAACUUGGGUGGAUAAUAAUGUAUUUCCCCAGAAUGCUGAGAGGGGGAUGCUUGGCCCCAGGGCUAGCUGGGAUUUGAGGAUGGAGACCUAAAGAGAAACUGAAAUGGCUCUAGAGCCUUAAGGGUUUUCAAACAGGUGCAGUCUCUCUCCUAUCCCUCUGGGAAGCAUGCUGUCCGCAGUUGGAUGAGUGCUUCAGCCGCAGUCCUCUGAGCUCUUGGAUGAAAAUGGCAAAUUUCCUCCUCAAAUGAGCUGAUUAUCUGCUGCAGUUGGGUGCAAGGCAUCCCUCAGCUAUGGCGGGAAUUACAGCUUCCAUCUGUUCCCUAAUGUGAAAAAUGUGUGCAGGCCUCUGUGCUACCAAGCUACAUGAACUUUAGACAUUCAGAUCUGCUGACACAUUUGGGUCGGAGCCCUCAGAAUGGCUUUUGUCAAUUAUUUCAUUACAUAUCCAAAUAACCAUCCUGAGGGUGGUCUGGAUUUGUGAUCUGUGACAGUGUGGUGCUGACAUAUUUCUGGCCCUUGGAACUCACUGUUUUUUGGCUUUGUUUAGAGGUUGAUGAUAUAUAAGGACUCAGGAUAUUUAAUCAUUAUUACUUUUGAAGUGAGCACAGUACCACCAUUAUGAAACAUUCUUGGGCACAGUUACAGCCAAAUCCACAUCAUUAUUUCUUGGCUUCUUCCCAGAGUUUCCAGUAUUUCACCUUGCUCCAUUAUUUUAUUCAGACAAAUCAAAUAAUACUCUGUGCAACUUUAUAGGGCAACUUUCAUCAGAAAACUGCAUGGUCCUCUACAAACUUUUAUUCCUUUAAGUAUAAAUAAACAUCUUUGGAGGGCCAUGCAUAUUUAAAUGUUUAUUUGUGCAGGAAUCCCCCCAGUGGACAAAAAAUUAUGGCUAAAUUUCUAUGUGUCCAUCUUACAAUGCAGAUAUAUAAUGUUCCUGCUUAAUUUUUCUUGACACCAUUUAGUAAAUAUUCUUUGAGUAAGUGAUUAGAUACAGAGUCAUAAAGGCUUUUCAGACUAUGGCCAACCAUUAGUUUGUUCUACUGAUUUUGUGUACUUGAACAUUUUUCAGAGUUAUGUCUGAUGCAUUUGAUGGAAAAUUUGUUUUUAUUAAUUAUUAACAGCUUCUGAUUGUCACCUAAAUGAGGAAGUGUUUUUUUUUUUUUGUUUUUUUUUCUGGCUAUUUUUUUUUAUUAACUUGAGUAUUUCUUAUAUACAUUUCGAGUGUUAUUCCCUUUCCCGGUUUCCGGGCAAACAUCCCCCUCCCCCCUCCCCUUCCUUAUGGGUGUUCCCCUCCCAACCCUCCCCCCAUUGCCGCCCUCCCCCCAUAGUCUAGUUCACUGGGGGUUCAGUCUUAGCAGGACCCAGGGCUUCCCCUUCCACUGGUGCUCUUACUAGGAUAUUCAUUGCUACCUAUGGGGUCAGAGUCCAGGGUCAGUCCAUGUAUAGUCUUUAGGUAGUGGCUUAGUCCCUGGAAGCUCUGGUUGCUUGGCAUUGUUGUACUUUUGGGGUCUCGAGCCCCUUCAAGCUCUUCCAGUUCUUUCUCUGAUUCCUUCAAUAGGGGACCUAUUCUCAGUUCAGUGGUUUGCUGCUGGCAUUCGCCUCUGUAUUUGAGGAAGUGUUUUGAUUAAGUAAACAGAUUAAUUCACCAAUUGAAAAUCCACAGUUAUUUAAGACUUAGCUUAUGUUUUCAUUGCAGUCAGGUUAGGUGGUCUGGUGGUUGGUUGUUUUUAUUACCACCAAUCUAUUUUCACUAAACUGGCAUGCUCUGGACUUUAUUACACUAUUUCAUGCAUUUGCGGGAUAGGAAUACAGUAAAUAGUCACCUAGAUUUGUUUUCUUUUCUUUCUGAUUUCACUGACUACAUUUCCCAGCACCCUUUGCAGUUAGGAGAAUUGUGGACUGAAUUAUAACCCAAGUGAGCAGUAGACUCCACUUUCAACUUUGACAUUAAAACCUUCCCCUCUAUCCUCUUUUCAUUUCCUUCAUAUCUGAAUGCAGUUAAUUGUGAGGAAUAGCAGGACUACUAGAUGAAAAGAAUACUGGUUUCCUAGAUCAGCCAGUGUGGUAGAACACCUCAAUUGAACUGCCCUUGAGUGUGACAAAGCAAGAAAUUGAUCUCUGUUUUCUGAAGCCAAUGAGAUUUGAGAGUUGUCUGUAAUGCCAGUUAGCCUACCCUAACUAAUAUUCUUUUAGAUAUGGUGAGAUUCAGUACAUAUUCCCAUACACAUACUACAAGUUUCAGGGGGGUACACAGAGCACAUUAUUGGUGUUGACCAGUAGGUCGUGGAAAUGUGUAACCAAUGAGCCAUGUGGUUCUUUGAUCACCAUGUCCAAUUAAGCCACAUGGUUAUGUGAUUUUCUGGUUUGAGUCAGCCUUUAAUCUGGGGCAGAUGCAACCAAGAACACUUCUGUGUAGUAAAAACUGAUCAUUUCAGUAAGUGGCUUCCCGGGAGGAAGGAGGAGAAUAUGCGAAUAUACAUAUGAGUUAUUGAGGAUUUCAGGCUAUAGAUUCAUUGUGUUUUUCUUCUCUGAGCAGCAUUUCUUACCCUAUAUCCAUGUCUGGAUCAUUUGCUUCCCAUUCUAGAUUCUUGUCAUUGCUCAUGUGCCUAAACUGACUUCCUACCUUAUCGGCAGGUAAUUUUUAGCUCUUGGUCCAGACUGGAUUCUCUUAUAGAAUAUAUAUUUUAGAUAACAAGAAUUAUUUUAAUUUGACUCCUUUUAUCCCCAGCAUUCUAUUCAGUGUUUGACGUGUCAGACAUAUACACAUAUACACAUGUACGUGGUGUUGAGUGAGUAUGAAUGACCUGGAUGACAAUUGUAUUUUGAUAAUCAAGAAUGAACAACAGGGUCCAUAAAGAAGACUCAGUGGUUAAGAGCACUUCCUGCUCUUGCAGAGAACCUGAAUUCAGUUUCCAGCACCCACAUGGUGGCUUGCAAACAUCAACAAUUCCAGUUACAAAAGAGUUAAUACCUUCUUCCGACCACCUUGGGCACUAGUCAUGCACAUAAUAAGCAUACAUAGCAAACAAAAUACUCAUACACAUAAAAUAGAAUAAAUAUUUUUUUUAAAAAAUAGUGAACAGUAGACUUAGAAUCAUUCAGAAACAAAUCCUUAGGCUGCUUAAAUGAGGCAGGCUGGAUUUUAAAUUCAUGCUAAAAGUCAGAAACUCAGGGAGGUUCCUUGACUUUAGUUUGACAACAGCUAAAAUACAAACCACAAUUUAAAACAAAGGAAGGAUCCAUUUUCAGGUUUUGAUUUACUAGCUGCUGUGAGUCUUUAAAAGUUAGAGCUCAACUAGUUAGUGACCCUAAUCAUUUCAUGAAGACAUUUGAGUGCAACAAUAUGAGUAGAAGUUAAAGCCAAUUGCCUUUGUUAUGGCCCAGUAUAGUUCUUGAUGCUUCAUUUUGAAUUGCAUAUUCACUUGUUCAAUGUUUCUUAAGCCUCCUCUAUGGUAGAAUCUUGUUCCACCAUCCUGGGCCAUGGAAGGGCAUAAGCCAUAAAACGUUCCUGUUCUUGAGAAUGUUACAACAAAUGAUGACAAAUACAUAAGCAAAGAGAUAGCUAAUGGGAAUAAAGCUCCAGGAAAAAAUGGAGAAUUAAUGUGAUGGAAAUUGUCUGGUCUGGGAAGAUCUGACAGUUAUAAUAGUCUCUAGAGAAGGGUAUUCCUAUAACAUAUAAACUGAAGGUGAAAUGAUAGGAAAUCACCAGCCAUUUGAAAAUUGGAUCCUGAAUCCUGGUCAAAACAACAGCUAAGGAUUUAUCUAGUGUAGAGAUGAGAGAGGGCGGUGUACCAAAGAAUGAGAAGAUGCCUUACAUGGUAGGGACAGGGAAUAUUGAGGGUAGUCAUUGGGAGGCCUCAGAGAGAUAGUGGUAUGAAACAGAGGGUGGUGGCCCAUGGAAAACCUUGUUUGGCUCUGUUUCUAGAGUCUAGAUUUAAGUCUGGAGUAGUGGAGAGCUAUGAGGAAGAGUUUAAGAAGAGUAAAGACAUGGCCUAUUGUGUGUUUUGCUCUGUUGAGCAAUUGGCUUAUUUUAAGCCCCAUAUGGAUCCCCGAGUAGAAGAGGGUUCAUCCAUAAAACUAGAGGCUUGACUGAAGAGGUCUUUGGGUUUUGGUAUUUUCUGAUUCUGAGUUUUCUUAGCCUUCAGGGUAAAAUAAGUGACCCUUCUUGAAUGGCUAGUAGGCUCUAUUAAGCUAUUCAUAUAUGUAAAUUAUAUAUGUGUAUAUUUAUAUUCCUUUUAAUUUAAUGAUUUUUUUCUAUAAAGCUCUAUGUAUGGUGGGUGGGAUGCAACUGUUCACCUUCAAUGAAAAAAACACAUUUAAAUCCCCUGCUUUACCUUGGUUACCAACCUUAACCAUGUGAAAGAACAUACCUGAAUUCAUAGUGUAGUCUGCAGAUAUACUAUUCUAGAAGCUUCUUGCUUCUCAAAUUUUAUUUCUUGAGGAUUAGUGAGAUUUAUUCCUGGGACAUACAACUAGAAACAACAUUUGCUAUCAAAGCAUUGACAGCCAGGUCCCAAUCUCCUAUUAAACAUCUCCCAAUCAGUUCUCUAAAUGCUAACAUGUGCCUGGAAGGCCUGGCUGGUGAGGGAUUACUGAGUGCCUUAAGAGACGAAAUGGGCCUGUCAAUUAUGGAGACAGUGGUUCUCAAGCAGUGUCCCUUCCUCCAGAAGAGGCAGGUUCUAGACCUCUGAACAAACUUAGGUUCUGCCACUUUGAAAAGAUGCUCUUUCACGCAAGGCUGGGUAUGUACACAAGUCAUUGUUCCAAGACAGCUUCCGUCAUUUCCCAGGGAAGAAAUGAAAUGAUAAUAUCCAGGCUGUUAGUUGCACAAUCAUAACCAGAGCUGGAUUGUGGUUACACUAUAUAGUAAACAGGGCCCAGAGGAAGCCAAUGAUGAAUGCUGAAAACCAGCUGGCCAGGCAUUGUGGACACUGCACCCAUGGGUGGUUUGAGAGGUCAAGUAGUACCAUCAGAGGCAAUAUGCAUGUUGGAUGGCUCUGCUUGAGUCCUACUGCCAGAACAAAGUGGGAGUUUCUCAGUGGCCUCAUUUAUGCUCCCUGACAAGCAUUGUUGUUGGCCCUCCAAACAAGGAAGGGAAAAUUAACAUGGAGGAGAAACAACCACUCAGUCACCAAUAUCCAUGCUCUCCUCUUCACCUUUUCACAUGGCCUGCUUAUAUUUCAAAUUUUUCCCUGUGGUGGAGUCUUGCUUGAAAAUGAAGCCCAAGCUUUCUUUGUUUUGUUUUGUUUUGUUUUUGUUUUUCUUCUUUCAUGUGCACCGGUUUUUGUUCAUUUGGGGAGGAAGUAGAACUGUGGUUAAGAUAGAAGGUAAAGCAUAUUUCUGAUUAGGGUCAGGGCUAGGACACUGAAUCUUCUGACUGGUAUUCACAAUUUCCUCAGAGAUGGCAGGAAGUAAGCAACUGCAUUCAGACUUGAAUUCCAGUUAGUUAAUAGAAGAGUAGAGUGUUGGAAUUGGUAGGGAAGUCAAAUAGUGACUUCCUGACUGGAAAACUCUUCCAAUAUCAUAUUCAUGUUUCUUAGACACUGAUAUGCUCAUCUCAAAUGCUUGCCUCUCAGUCUAUCUCAUGUCUUUUUGGUAUGCUUUGAGGACUUCUCCAGAAAGUGUAUAUGUUAUUAUUUUAAUACCCUAAUAUACAGCAUUGAAAGGGUAGGACAGGAAGGAAGGUGUUUAACCCAGGAGCAAGAUCCCUCAUGGAUAAAUGAAUGCUUUUUGCAUGGGAAUGAGUUAGUUAUUACAAGAGUUUGGCCCCUCUCUUCUCUUUCAAAUAUGUUGGCUCAUCUGCUUGUUGCUUAUUAUAAACUGAAGUAGUGCAAGCUUCUCAUCAGAAAUCAAACAGAUGCAAUGCCAUUCAUUUAUAUUUCCUCUCGCCCAGACCUGUGAGCCAUUCUUUUCUUAUAAAUUAUUAUACAAUCUCAAGCAUUCUGGAAUAGAAAUACGAAUUGGGCUAAGGCAGUCUCCCAGAGGGCAGCAUAGGAGCACAAAACACAACCUAGCUUAUCCUGGCUCUCCAUGCUAUCCUUUGCUCCUCUCCACUUGCAUGCUUGGCCCUCACUGACACUGUUGUGUGCUGGUAUCCUGGCACAGUAGCUCUUCAUGUCACCUCUGAAAGGAUACUUGAGUUGCAGGUCUUAACACACAAGUGCCUUCAAAGCCAGGCAGGUAGAUUAAAUGCAGUUCAGUGCGGGCAUAGUAUAGGAAGAAAUGGUGGGGACCUGGAAACUGUGUGCAUUUUAAGUAAAUGAAAGCACCGAAGGUCCAUUUAAAAAUAAGUCAUUGUGGGGUUGGCUUGAAGAGCCACUUGAAGAGCUCAGCUGAAGAGCACUUGGCUAGCAUGUAGCAUGCACAAGACCCUGGCUUCCAUCUCCUGCACUGAGAAAGUCAUUGUGCCAUUUAAGCAAGACAACCUUCACCAAAGUGCCACCCCCAAAUAAAGCCUUUUGCUAUUAUUCAUUUCUCACAGGGAUGCAGCCAUGUCUGAAAAUUCUGUUCUAGCCUCUUCUGUUCCUAACACAGCCUGAUCAAUACAAACAAUAAUUAUGUUUUAUGCUGAGUGAUUUCUUAACAUACGUACAAAAAAACAGUCCAAAUCAUACAGCUCAAUGGAUAACCAAAAGAAUACAUCUUAGCACUAACCUGAGAAGUCAAGGCCUAAAAUAUUACUGCCACCACGGAAUCCUUCAAAGGCUCCUCUUCCUCACCAAAGGAAGCUGCUAUUUUUAUUUUUAACACCACAUGUUAGGUUUAUAAGAAAAUAGAAUCAUAAAACAUGUACUCGUUUUGUGUCUGGCCUCUUUUACUCAAUGUUGUAUCUGGGAGAUUCAUCCCAGAUGUUGCUGGGUGCAGCAGUGGCUUAUAGCAUGGUGUGAAAAUGCCAGGAUUUAUAUAUCUGUUCUACUGUUAAUUAACAUUUGGGUGUUUCUAAUUUUAGACUAGUGAGUUGUCUUUUAGCAUGAAUAGGCAGAAGAGAAAGACUUCGUGUCUGAGAUGGGAAAUGGUCAAUGUGCAUACAGCAGCCCCUCCAGUGACACUUAGACGUGCAGGAAAAGUGAGGAGCUUUGGGAAGAGGCAUCAAUAGCAGCUGCUACCAAACCUCUGUAGAACAGAAACCUUCACACUUCCAGAGCAGGACCUUUAGUUCUUAGAAGCCUGGUUGGGAAGAGUCGUUAUUUUUUCUUAUUGUCCUAGGACACCAGUACCAUGCACGGUCAAUUUCUUCAUGGCUUCAUAGGCAAGUUAGGAUGUUCAAUAGUUUGUGGGAAGAUGGAAUCACUCUGAAGUCACACUUAACAUUAGUAGGUUGACUUUCAGCUUAGACUUUCUUAAUUGCUAUUUUCACGUACCUAACAUAAUUUCACAUGGUUUUCUGAUAUAUCUGUGAAAUGUACUGCUGUCCCCAGCCAGCCCUAGAAUGGGUGUCCCUGACUGGAUGGAAAUGGAAAGAACUUCGGUGGAGUGACACUGAGUAGGCUGUUAUGACCUCGGGUAGUUUACUAAAUUCUUUUUUUUUUUAUUUUUUAUUUUAUUUUAUUUUAUUUUUUUAACUUGAGUAUUUCUUAUUUACAUUUCGAGUGUUAUUCCCUUUCCCGGUUUAUGGGCAAACAUCCCCCUAAUUCCUCCCCCUCCCCUUCUUAUAGAUGAACUUUAUCCACACCACUGACAGAAAGAUAAGACAGGGUUUUUUUUUUUUUUUUUGUCUUUUAUUGCUCUGCUUCCAUUUAAUGGUGUGUUCCCCCAAAGGAAAAGGCAAAGGGGAAUGAAAUAUGAAAUUCCAGGCUAAAAAUACUCAGGGCAAAAACACGGUACUGAGUUUAGCAUCUUGUAACUCACAGGCAGCAAAAGUAAUUUAACAAGUUUUAAAGAGAAAGCCAGAGAAAGUCUGUACAGCAUUAAAGAUUCCAUUUUAUUUGUGAAUUGCAUCAUCGCCAAUCAAUCAUUUCAAACAGAGCCAAAUAAAAAUGCUUCCCUGUUUUAUUCUUUGGGGGAAUCUCUUUCUUAUAUUCUGCAUAAAUGGACUGAAAUUCUGCAUUCAUUUAUUUGAUCCUCUUGCUGCUUGUUUUGUAGCUGACCAAUCAUUUGUCAUUGGGUGGGCAAAUGGGGAAAAUGUUUUAUCUCCUUCCAAUAUUCUGCCUUCUCCAAAUUGACUGUUGAAGUUUUCAUCUGGUCUUAUCACUCGCUUCCAUCCAUUCUCUUAGUGUUGGAUUUCUGUCAGGAUACUGCACAUGAAUGUGUGGUGUAAUUUCAAAAAAAUCUAGAAGAAAUGGGAAAGUUCUGCAAUUUCUAUAUCUGAAAAAGCCAAAGUAAGUAAACUUAAUUUGCAUCCACCAGGAGCUCUGUGAACACUAGUGCUAUUGUGGCUUAAAAUAAUUUCUUGCUAAAUGACGCGCCAAGACUAAAUUUUUAUCGGGGCUUUUAUUAAAGCAGAUAUCUUAAUUUUUCUGUGUCUACCCUGUGUUAUAACAUUUCAGAGGGCCCAUGACUAUAUGAUGACUAAGCCCCUGUGGUAGUUUGAACAUGUUUGGCUGAUAGGGAGUGCUACUGUUAGGAGGUGUGACCUUGUUGGAGGAAGUGUGUCACUGUGGUGUUGGGCUUUGAAGCUCUACCCAGUGUGGAAGAGUUAGUCUGCUCCUGGCUUCCUUCGGAUGAAGACCUAGAACUCUCAGCUCCUGUACAGCCAUGUUUGCCUGGACACUGCCAUGCUUCUCUCCAUUAGGAUACUGGAUUGCACCUCAGAACCUGUAAGUCACCCCAAUUAAAUAUUGUCCUUUAUCAUGGUUGCCUUGGUCAUGGUGUCUCUUCAUAGCAAUGGAAACCCUAAGACAGGAGUUGAUACUAGGGAUUGGAAAUAUUGCUGUGAUAGGCCUGGUCAGGUUUUUGUUUGGAAAAUUGUGGAUUUUGGAACUUUGCAUUUAGAAAGCAGUGGAAUGCUUUAAGUUUGGCUUAAUGGGUUAUCUUCGUGGAAAGAUGAAAGUCUUUGUUGCAAGAGCUCUAUAUCUUCAUCCAAAGAAACCCAGGAGCAGGCUCACACUGGGCAGAGCUUCAAAGCCCACCCCACAGUGACACACUUCCUCCAUACCUUCUAACAGUACCACUUGCAUGAGGCCUAUUCAAGCCACCAUAUUACUUUAUAAAAGUUGCCUUGUUCAUGAUGUUCCUCACAGCAAUGAAAACCCUAGACAGCCCAGAUGUCUUUCUAUUAAUAUAUUCAACUCAUUUUUUAAAGCUGUAAGAUUUUUCUUUCAUUUUUUCCUUUCAUUUUUGACAUAAUGUAACCACAAAAUUUCUCUAUUCCUUACCUCUCUUAAAACCAUCUCAUAUACCCCUCCCUGCUCUCCUUCAAAUUUGACACACACACGCACACACACAGACAUAUCUAUCUAUCUAUCUAUCUAUCUAUCUAUCUAUCUAUCUAUCUAUCUAUCUACCUAUCUAAGCAUGUAUAUAAUACAUUCACCUUUUAGAGUCAGAAAUUACAUCUAAGACUUAUAGCAAUGGUACACAGCAAAUGCAUUUGGGGGUGAAGAAGUGAAGCUUUCUCGUCAGCACUCAUACUCAUGCUCAUAGUAUCAGUGCCAUCCAACAAUGAACCAAAGUUAGACAGAGCAGUAGAAUGAUGGAUUAUUUUGGAUAAUGCCUAAUGUUACCUCUCUGUCCACAAUGGAUUUGCUCUAAAGACGAGUAAAUUGUUCUUUCUCUUUCUGGGUAAAGCAUUGUUUUGCUUUUCCUAAGAUCCUUAUGAAAUCCAGGUGUUAUCUGGUUCUAGAACCAUAGAAAAGCCUAGUUUCUUUAUGCUGAAAUCCUUUUCCAUUGGUGAACUGAUGCCUCUAUUUCUACCAUCCUUGGUUUUAUUCUUCUAGCAUCAGGACAAUUACAUUAAAAUGUGAACACCCUUGGAAAUUCUUAUACCAUUAUCAUGUGACCUUUACGUUAGCAUGUUGAAAAGGUUAAUGUGUGGUAGAAUGGGAUUUCUGUAUUGGUGAGACCAGAGCCCAGAGAGAGGAAGGAGGAGUUAUGGCCUGAAGAGCAGAAAGCUCUAAAAUAAGGAGGUAAAAGCUCCCUCAAAAGACAUCCACUCCUCUCUAAACGUCUUAAUUUGUAUGUGUUUAUCUUUGUCAUCCUGCAUGACCUGGCAACUCUGUAAUUGUUCCUAACAAACUGAAGCCUUGGCAUGUAAAUCACUCCAAUAUCGAGGCAGCUAAGAGCCAAAAAAAUCCCCAGUCUUUAUUGAAGAGUUUAUGUGAACAUCAGUGGAGAUCAAGGUAAGGUAGUGGGGACAAAGGUUGUAUUUUCAAAUUCACUUAUAAUAGGAUCGUCUUACUCAGGGUCAUGGGAAUAUAUUGUAUAAUAUGUGAAGUUACACGUGUCAAUUUGUUACUUUUCUUGUUGCUGUGUCAGAAAACAACUUAAGGCAGAAGCAACUUAAAGGAGGAAUUUCUUUUGGCUCACUGCUUUCCCAUCCAUCAGAUGGGAAAGGUAUCACAGCUGGAGCUCCAUCUGUGGUGGCAGGAGCUGUCAGUGUGACUUGUUACAUGGUGCCAACCAGGAAAAAGUGAGAGCUCAGGCAAGAACCAAAGCUGAUAAUGCUUGAAGUCCACCAACAGCCUACCCACUUUCUACAGGUAUUUUCCAUCUCAUGACCUCCCCCCAAAAUGGUACCAGCUGGGGACCAACUUUUCAAACCUUAACAUCAUAUAUGCACAUGCAUAGUGCAUGCACAUAUGUGCAGAUGCACACAUGAGCAUGCAUGCGCGCGCGUGCGCGCGCGCACACACGCACACACACACACACACACACACACACACACACACACACAAACACACACUGUGCACAUAAAUGUUCUUCCUGAAAUACUCAGCAAAGCAAGCAACAGAACUUUGGUUUUGUCUUGCUUGUUUUGGGUUGGCCUUGGGUUGAGAUAUAAGUGGUGAGUGAUAAAAAAUAUGCACCUUUCAAACAGGAAAAUUUGUUCCCUAAUAUCUGUCAUCAGGAUAACCAGCAUAGCAGCCAGGAUUACAGCAGAUUCUGCCAGCAAUGCCUUCAAUGUCUUUAGCAAAUUAUUUUGUCACUGUCUUUUAACCUGCAAAAUGGAGAUAAUACUUGUAUCUAAUGCAUAGUUUUUUUUUUUUGUGUGAGAGUUGCUUGAUAUGGAAAAUACAAAGUACUUAAAUCAAUGUCUCAUAUGUAAUAGGUGUUGAAUAAAUAUUUCCUAAAUACUUUCAUUAUUAUAUUAUUACCACAAGGGAACUGAUAUUGCGUGGUGGUUUUAAAUUUAGUGGAGAAAGUAAGAAUUUUGGCUUCUCUUCUGCAGGCUCAUCUGCAGCUAUCUCUUAGUGAAGAAAGAGGGGAAAAAAGAUAACUAAAUGCCUCAAAACAAAACAAAUGGUGAAAUCUGGGAUGAGAGGCAGAGGGGAUAGAUUUCUUGUGAUGAAAAUAAGGGUCUUGUUAUAGAACUGCUCUUGGAAAGAUAGUCAAGUUGCACCUUGAUUUAUACGUGUGUGUGUGCGUGUGUGUGUACAUAUAUUUCUAGCUCUAGCUCUAGGCUUUGGUUGAAAGUACAGAGCUCCCUUCUGGGCUUGAAUGAAGCACAAAAGCAAAGCUUAUUGACUUUUUUUCAGUACUUCACAGUCCUUGCUCCCUUCUUAGCUUUCUGUCUGGUCCUCUGUUCUGACAUAAGAAACCAAAACGGCAGUAUCUACCUCCUCAGUGAGAGCAGAAACUGAGUGUCCUGAAUGUGGUGUGGGUUCUCUCUCUAUAGGGACAUAGAAUCCUGCCUAAACACUACUUAGCUAAUCUGAUGGCAACCAACUGGCAGACUUGGGAACUAUGACGUGCUUUAUCACAUCUCAUGUUUUUCUAUUCUUGGAGACUGAACCCAGGGCCUUGCACAUGCUAGAUACUCUACCACUGAACCACAUGCCCAACCCACUUUCUAUCUCUUCACCAUGUGGUAUUACUGCUUUAGUGGAUCCUAGCCUCAGGCCUGGUGGGAGACUGGAGCAGCUGUGCAGCAAGGCAGCUCGAGCCUGUGGCUGACUGGGUCUUGAAUUUUGUACACAUGUUCAUGUAUGCAUGGGCAGUAAGCAAGUUGGGCAGCAAUCUACUGACAAAUAGCAGGAACUCUGAAUAAAUCACAUUGAUCUGGAUAGCAAGUUCGCCUUCAGAGAACAGGGACUUAGUCGUAUAGGAAGACAAGGCAUUUACCUAACUUUUCCCUGAAAUGCCAGAAAACUUAAAACAGGUCAGUAGUGAAUACAAAAUGCACUUAUGGCUACAAUCCAAAAAGGAUUUGACUUGUUUUGGAGUCAUCAAAAAUAAGGCAUAGGAAGUUCAGAGGCCUAUAUCUAAUUUUCUCAAGGGAGAUGAGAGAGAGCCCAGAUUGUUGGACAGCUGCAAUCCCCACGUCACUGGUUGCAGAUCACAUGAGUGGCUAUGGCUGAAACUCCUGAGACGGGCUCUGGGAAAUUGAUUUUGAGCCAACUACUGGCACAACUUAUCAUGGAAAUGAUAACCCCAGCAGAUGUGUUGGCCGUUUGACAUGCGAGCUUGUGGUCCUGGUCACUGAAAGGGCUAUAUCACAUCCAGAACACCUGAUGUCACAUUUAAUCUCUUCUAUAUUCAUUCUGUAAGAAAGAAGUUUGGACCAAAUAAUGAGGAGACACUAAGAUCCUGAAGCCACAAAAUACUAAGGCUGGUUCCAUCAUAAACUAGGCUACUGUUGGUAGCCAAUACCAUUGAUGCUCCAACUCCAUUUCCUUUAGGUGCACCCCUCUUUUAGCUGCUGUGAGGAUUGUACUUAGCAAAGUGUACCUACAACCAACACUCUUGAAUCCAGGGGAGACCAGAGCUGUCUAUUUCACCUUCCUUGAUAAAUGAAGUGUUCCUCCAAGUCCACCUGAACUCUUUUUGACUUUCCUUCUGUCUCUUAAUUCUCUUCUCCAUCUUUCUAUAGUGUUGUCCUUGGUCUUUAUCACCUUGGGAAUAGUGCUCCUGGCCUAGUGUACACAGAACGAAGCCCAGGAAUCCAUAGGCAUUAUGCAUCUUGGAUUCAACAAGUGUUCCAGUCUGGUAUCACAGAUAGUACCCUACCUAGAACUAAUCAGUACUUAUAUCAGAACUUUGCAUCAGCUUUGCAUGCCUUUAGACAAGUCCCCCAACCCCCGCCCCACAAACACACACACACACACACACACACACACACACACACACACACACACACACACACACAUACUCUGUCAUCUCAUUCGAGCUUCUCUCUUGGUCCUUCUGUUAAGGUAAAAGGCAAGUUGACAGGACACAGGGAACUCUUUCCCCUUGACAUCUGGUUUGAUUCUGGGCAGCUAAGUAAUGUCUUUGCAAUGAACAACAAAAGCUAAUUCACUGUGGUUUUUAAAACACCGACUGCAAAUAUUUUUCCUCUUCAGCUUGGGGUCACUGGAAGGGACAAAACAGGGCUCAGAGAGAAAUUAACCUUUUAAAAUCUAUUAAAACUUCCCAGAGAAAAUAAAACAAUAGUGGCAUCUUCUUUCAUCUGUGGGCAUCCGUUUCUGAGGGAGUGUUGUUCAAGGCAAGGGUUUAGCACUGCAAAAGAGUUCGAAAUACCUCUUUUGUUCACCUUUUGUUGCAAAAGCGCACCCUGAUUGCUUGCAAGAAACCACAAGGUUACUCUGUCUGCUUCGUCUCUCACUGACUUUUCCUCUUGCUUUUCUUCAGCCUUUGCCUUUCUUCCUUCAUGCGGUGGCCAGACUGCUAAUGGGUAGGACACAGUGCAAUUAGAAGUAUUUUAGGUAACAGCUUUUCCAUCCACUGGUGUCACUGAGAAGGCUGAAAAUGUAGUCUGGGAUACUUAAUACAAGGUUUAGGCUAAACUUGCUUUUGAUUUGAACUUGUUGCUGUUUUAAAUAUUUUUUUCUUUUUAAAAAGGAUUAUAAUGUAAUUCUAUCACUUCCCCCUUCCUUCCUCCCUCCAAACCCUCCCAUAUAUUCCUCAUUGAUCUCUUUCAAAUUUAUGACUGCUUUUUUGUUAAUUAACAAAUUAAUUGUUGUCACAUGCCUGUGUGUAUGUACACAUGUAUUUCUAACUAUAACCUGCUCAAUUUGUAUAAUCCUACUUGUAUGCAUGUUUUCGGGGCUGACUGUUUAGUAUUGGACAACUAAUUGAUGUGCUUUUCCCUGGGGAAGAUUGUUGUUUUGAGACAGUCUUACUGUGUAGGGCUGGCUGGCCAGAAAUUUAAUGUGUAGUCCAAAUUGUCCUCAAACUCACAGAAAUCCCUGCCUCAGCUUUCAUGGUGCCCAGACUGCAGGUAUUCACCAUCCCAGGUCUGAUUUGGGCUAUUUUUGGAACUUCCCAAACAUCGACACAGUUCAGAUUCUUCCAGAAGCCUACCAUGGAGGUAGUUAUGGCCAUGCAAAGCUCUGAUGACUCUCUGAGAAGACAGCAAUCCAUUCGCCUAACCAGUUGUUCUUCAGACAGUUGGAACUGCUUCUUCCUUUUUCUUUCUCUCCCAUCUAUUUCAUCUUACUUCAUAGAUUUACUUGCUGGGCUCCAGGUAGGAGAUGACAACAUAUAGGGAAAGGCAGUGAAAGUCCCUGGAUUAUGAAGUGACUUCCGAGUCUUGUCCUAUUACUGUUAUCUGUAUUCAGUUGUUGAGCAUGUUGAUACAGGUGGUGGUGGUAGAGUGUGUGUGUGUGUGUGUGUGUGUGUGUGUGUGUGUGUGUGUGUGUGUGUGUGAAGAGUGGGAGGGGAUCAGAAAAUCAUUCAUUUGCAACCUGCAAAGAGCAAACUCUAAUUGUAUCUACCCCUGUCACUCUCCCUGUCACUUGGAUAGGUUUGCAAAUAUUUGCAAACCUGCUGCUCAGGCCUCACAGCAAGCAAAAAUUUCACAGCCAAGCAAACCAUUGCCAUCCUGAUGGGAAACAUGGGAGGAGUCUUGGGCAGUUGUGGAGUGAUGGGAUGGAAAGAAUCCCUUCUUGUGAUUGGGCAGCAGAUGUAGGGGCCAGGCUCCUGUGGCUCUCUAGCUUUUAGUAUUUAUUCAGUUUCCUGUCUCUAGCAGUGUGCUAAUGGUUUCCAUAGCCACAGGGCACCUGGCAGAGGUUCUUCAAUGGGUCAGGCCUGAGAUUCUGCAUUUCUAACAAGCUCCCAGGUGAUGCGGAUGCUAAGGAUCCCUUAGCCAACUGCACUUGGAAUUCCAAGGCUGUAAAGAAGUACCACUGCCUUCUGAGCUGUGCAGAACUGGAAAUGGAAUACUGCUAAGCCCCUCCUUUGGAGACAGGGUGUGUCUGAGGCUGUCCCAGUCCUGAUUUGCCAUUCAAGUGAACCCCAAAGGGAUUAGCAGCUGGCCCAGCAAUUGGGUGAGACCAUCUCCCCCUCCAGGGGGGUGUCCCAGAGGCAGUGCAGAGGUUGUGUGAAAAUCUGCUAUCCUCCUUGCUGAAGGUUGCCCCUUCUCACCCUCCCAACCCCCCUGCCCUCUGUGCUGACUUAAGCAGAUCAGCUUUCAGUUCUCUGGCAUUCCGAGAAGCUGUGCAUAAAAGAAAAGGCCCUUCCUUAAGAAGCAGAGCGGGAAUCCAAGCAUGGCUCUUGCCUGCUGCAUGCCCAAGAAUGAAGCUGUCUCCAACUUGGACAUCGAGAGCAAGUUGAGUGUAUACUACCGUGCACCAUGGCACCAACAGCGAAACAUCUUCCUCCCAGUUACCAGGCCACCCUGUGUAGAGGAGCUACACCGCCAUGCCAGACAGAGUCUGCAAGCCCUGCGCAGAGAACACCGGAGCCGAAGUGAUCGCAGAGAGCAAAGAGCUGCUGCCCCAGUCCCCAUAGCUGCUCCACCACUGCCAGCCUACCCUCCAGCUCACAGCCAGAGGAGGCGCGAGGCCAAGGACCGCCACCUCCUAACGUUUAACAGCACCCGUUCGCCCUCCCCCACUGAAUGUUGCCACAUGGCCCCAUGGAGUAGAAAGUCCCACUCUCCAGAGGAUGAAGACACAGAUGUCAUGUUAGGGCAGAGGCCGAAAAACCCAAUCCACAAUGUUCCCUCUACACUGGAUAAGCAGACCAACUGGAACAAAGCACUACCUCUCCCGACUCCUGAGGAGAAGAUGAAACAAGAUGCCCAAGUGAUUUCUUCUUGCAUUAUUCCCAUCAAUGUCACUGGAGUUGGUUUUGACAGAGAAGCAAGUAUACGCUGUUCUCUUGUUCAUUCACAAUCUGUGCUACAGCGGAGACGAAAAUUGAGGAGAAGGAAAACAAUCUCGGGGAUCCCCAGAAGAGUUCAGCAAGAAAUAGAUUCUGAUGAAUCACCAGUGGCCAGGGAAAGGAAUGUGAUUGUGCACACAAACCCAGACCCCUCCAACACUGUCAAUAGGAGGUCCGGAACCAGGGACUCUGAAUGCCAAACAGAAGAUAUUCUGAUUGCUGCCCCAUCCAGAAGGAGAAUCAGAGCUCAAAGGGGUCAAAGCAUCGCAGCUUCCCUUUCUCAUUCUGCUGGCAACAUCUCUGCUCUGGCAGACAAAGGCGAUACCAUGUUUACUCCUGUCGUGAGCAGUCGUACAAGAUCUCGGAGCCUUCCUCGGGAGGGAAAUAGAGGUGGAGAUGCUGAACCCAAAGUUGGUGCUAAACCCUCAGCAUUUGAGGAAGGGGAACAUUUCGUAGGUGACCAUGAAAGAGCCCCGAAUGAUUGUGGUGAAGCUCCAAGCAGCUCAAGUACACAGGAACACCAGCCUACUUUGGGCCUAGCCUGCUCUCAACAUCUUCACAGCCCUCAGCAAAAGUUAAGUGAGAGAGGGAGAUCACGUUUGUCCCGAAUGGCGGCUGACUCUGGAAGCUGUGACAUCUCCUCCAACUCAGACACCUUUGGAAGCCCCAUCCACUGCAUUUCCACGGCUAGUGUCCUCCUUAGCAGCCACAUGGACCAGAAAGAUGACCACCAGUCGUCCAGUGGUAAUUGGAGUGGGAGCAGCUCUACAUGCCCCUCACAGACCUCAGAGACCAUCCCUCCUGCAGCUUCUCCCCCCCUCACCGGCUCUUCUCACUGUGACUCAGAAUUGUCACUGAACACUGCUCCUAAUGCUAAUGAAGAUGCCAGUGUCUUUGUGACAGAACAAUACAAUGACCACUUGGAUAAAGUAAGAGGCCACCGAACAAACUCCUUUACCUCCACUGUUGCAGAUCUGCUGGAUGACCCCAACAACAGCAAUACAAGUGACAGUGAGUGGAAUUAUCUGCACCACCAUCAUGAUGCAUCCUGCCGCCAAGAUUUUAGUCCUGAGCAUCCAAAGGCAGAUAGCUUGGGAUGCCCAAGCUUCACAAGCAUGGGCACCUAUGACAGCUUUCUGGAAAAGUCUCCUUCAGACAAAGCAGAUACUAGCUCUCAUUUCUCAGUGGACACAGAAGGAUACUAUACCUCGAUGCACUUUGACUGUGGUCUCAAAGGUAAUAAGACCUAUGUCUGUCACUAUGCAGGCCUGGGCCCAGAGAAUGGUCAGGGUGUCGGGGUUCCUCCUGCUCUUCCAGACUGUGCCUGGCAAGAAUAUUUAGACCACAGAAGGCAGGGGCGACCAAGCAUCUCUUUCAGGAAACCAAAGGCAAAGCCAACUCCACCUAAACGUAGCUCAUCACUGAGAAAAUCUGAUGGAAAUGCAGACAUCUCUGAGAAGAAAGAACCAAAGAUAAGCAGUGGUCAGCACCUGCCUCACAGUUCCAGGGAAAUGAAGCUGCCUCUUGAUUUCUCCAACACGCCUUCUCGGGUGGAGAAUGCCAAUCUGCCUGCAAAGCUGGACUCUUCUUGGAUAAGCCAGAGUGAACAUGCUAUUAAGGAACCUCAGUUGGACACUACAGACAUUUCACCAUUCAAAGAUGAAGGUGCUGAAUCAACUCACUAUGCAGACCUCUGGCUUCUAAACGACUUGAAAACAAAUGAUCCCUACAGAUCCUUAUCUAAUUCUAGCACUGCUACGGGUACCACAGUGAUUGAAUGCAUCAAAUCUCCAGAGAGUUCUGAAUCCCAAACAUCCCAGUCAGAAUCAAGGGCGACCACCCCAUCUCUUCCUUCGGUUGACAAUGAAUACAAACUGGCUUCACCAGAGAAGCUGGCUGGCUUAGCAUCUCCAUCAAGUGGCUACUCAAGCCAGUCGGAAACGCCAACCUCCUCUUUCCCUACAGCUUUCUUUUCAGGUCCACAGUCUCCUGGAGGUAGCAAAAGAAAGCCUAAAGUCCCAGAAAGGAAAUCCUCACUACAGCAACCAUCUUUGAAAGAUGGAGCCCUAUCACUGAGUAAAGAUUUUGAACUUCCAAUUAUACCUCCUUCUCAUCUUGACCUAAGUGCUCUUCAUGUUUUGAAUAAACCAUUCCACCACCGUCACCCACUGCAUGUUUUUACUCAUAAGCAAAACACAGUCGGAGAUAUGCUGAGGUCAAAUCCCCCGCCGUCUCUUGCAAUUACACCAACAGUUCUGAAAUCUGUCAACCUGAGGUCCAUCAGUAAGUCUGACGAAGUUAAACAAAAGGAGGGCAAUAAUACAGAUCUCCCGUACUUAGAAGAGAAUGCUGUCACAGUGGCUUCUGUGGCUUCCUUAUCUCCAAGUAAGGCAAGGUCACAUACAGCAAAGAAAUCAAUAUCACGCCAGUACUCUGCUGAAGAUACCCUCAUGCCCUUUUUAGAUUCCUCUGUAGGUGAGAUGGGACCAGAGAAACAUUUGGAAAAGAACCCUACUUUUGAUGGAAAGAGUCACGGCAAUCCAGAAACUGUAGCCUCAGCUAGCAGCAAUCUUCCAGAUUCAAAUGUGAUGAAAGACCAAAUACAGAUGGAAAGUGAGCUUAUCCCAGAAAGCAUACCAAGUAAGAACUGUGGAUUUUCAACAGGAUUUCAGAGGGUGUCUGCUUCCCGCCCCAGUGAUUUGGGUAAUAAAAUGAUACAGUAUGGAGCUAGUCCAGAUGGAGCCAUACAACAAGGACAGAAGGUACCCUCUGGAGUUGGGGAAGAAGGUGGGAAACCGGAAUCUGUGGACGGAAUCACACUCCAAGCCAACUCAUCAACUAGAGUAACAGACAUAAGCAGUCAAUAUAAGCAUCAGCGUGUUGUGAGCCGCCACCAUGACAAAGUGCCUGUGACUAUCCGCCAUGAGUCAGAGCCGUCAACUGUAAAUUCAUUCCCUGAAAAAUGUUCUGAGCAGGAAAAUAUUGCUUCAGGUAUUUCACCCAAAAGUGCCUCUGAUAACAGCGGAGCAGAGGAGACCCAAGGACGUAUGGACGAGACUGCAUUGAAAGAAUCCUCACCAAGUGAUGACCCCAUCGCCUCACCACUCAGUGAGGACUCUCAAGCUGAAGCUGAGGGUGUGUUUGUGUCUCCAAACAAACCUCGAACCACUGAGGAUCUAUUUGCAGUCAUUCACAGAUCCAAGAGGAAAGUACUUGGAAGAAAAGAUUCUGGGGAUAUGUCUGUCAGAAGCAAAUCAAGAGUUCCUCUUGGUAGCAGUAGCAGCAGUGCCAAUUCUGUCACUUCACCUAGCAGCAAUGUGACAACUGGGAUUAGCCAGAGGUCUCCUGGUCUCAUCUACCGAAAUGCCAAAAAGUCCAACACAUCCAAUGAAGAGUUUAAGCUACUGCUCCUCAAGAAAGGCAGUCGCUCAGAUUCUAGUUACCGCAUGUCUGCUACUGAAAUCCUGAAGAGCCCUGUCCUGCCCAAGCCUCCUGGGGAGUUUACUGCAGAAUCCCCACAAAGCCCAGAUGAUACCCAUCAGAGCACACCUGGGACUGAAGCACUGUCCCCUCUGUCACCGUGCUCACCACGAGUCAAUGCGGAAGGGUUUUCCUCAAAAAACUUUGCAACCUCAGCCUCAGCACGGGUUGGACGCUCCCGGGCCCCACCUGUGGCCAGCAGCAGCCGCUACAGUGUCCGCUGCCGGCUGUAUAAUACUCCAAUGCAGGCCAUCUCUGAGGGAGAGACUGAAAACUCUGAUGGGAGCCCACAUGAUGACCGAUCCUCCCAGAGCUCCACCUAGUUUGCUUGAGCCAAGCUGACCUCAGAUGUCCAGCCCCUUACUAAAGAAAGAAUUUUGUGACAUCAUAGAGGAACUGGGACAAGAGGCAACAGGGUGGGGGGUUGCAUCGUUGCUUGGCAAUGAGCUUCUAAAUAUGUGUUGAAGAAGCAAAACGUGAUUGAGUCAUUUUUAAAUUAAUUUCAUGUUUUAAGUAGCAGUUCUGUCUCGUGGCUUUCUUUAGAAUAGUUUGAUUUGUCCAAUCUCAUUCCUUGUGAUAACAGAGAAUACAAAAGUAUCUAACUUUCUUGAAAUCUAGACAAGGUUUUCCCAGAGUUGCCUAUUCCGAAAAUAAAGCCCUCACUGUCAUGAAACUACAAGAAGAUGAAAUUACUCUGGACGUUUGGUAUUUUUUUACAUUAAAAUGAACUAAAGCAAAAUUUAGAAGAAAGAACUACACAUAUGUAAAUACCAUAUUUUUGAUAAAAUGUGUAAAUAGAUUUAUCAAUGAUGAGUGGACAAGUGGCUAAUUAUCUACCACACACCAACUAUUUAUAGGACACACACAAAUAAAGUAUAAUAACUGUAUUCUGUGAAUACCAUUUUCAUAUCAAAUACCAUAUUUAAAUGUCCACCAACAUGAUUUCUGAGUGAUAAACCUCAAAUAUGAUUUUAAAAUUGGUGAAAUAAUGGAAAUAUUGAGGUCAUGUACUGAAAUGUGAUUAAUUUAAAGUAAUGAAUUUAGACCUAAUCAUUGUUGUGACAAACUAUAACAGAAACAAGCUAAUCGCAAUUUGUGGCUGUGAUUUGCCUUGUGGCAAUUUGAACAGAAUGAAAAGCAUGCUUUUGAUUUUUUUUUUGUUAACCAAUGAAAGAAAUCAUCAUUCUCAAUGCAAUGUCCCCACCCCCACCCCCAAUAGCUUUAAACAGUGUCCUUUAGAAUUUAAUUUUUAAAUGGAUUGCUUUAAGGAGAAUGAGUAGAGAAACCAGUAGUUAAUUUAGACCAUGUUUUAUAUAAGGCUACUGGGCAAACAGUCAUAAUCGAAUGACUAUACUCUUUAAGCUUCUUAAUUAGCUCCAGGUUCGUAAAAUAACAGAAAUAAAAGCUAAGCAUGCCACAGAGCUAUUGACUUCUCAGCAAGUACCUGUGAGUUUUCAGCAAAGCUUCCUCUCUGUGCUGAUGAGAUUCAUGCUACCUAAAACUUAACAGAAAUGACACUGUGAACAAUGUAGUUGGGAAGUAGGUAUGUGUAUAUGCAUUAUUUAUAUUCACUCUUCAGUUGGGCAUGGGGAGCAGCUCUGGUUCACAAUGCUACAUGCAACAAAGUUUUGUCUGGUUUUACUAGAUCUGCUUGAUGGCAAAAGGGGAGGGUGGUGGGAGGGAAAGGAAAUAUCAGGGCAAGUGCUCUGAUAAAAUGAAGGCAGGGAAACAAGCUGAAUUACUUGAAAUUACUUGAAUUUUCUUGUCUUAAAACUGAAAAAAAAGUAUAACAAGUUGAAAUCUGCAAGUGGUUCUCACACCUCUGGUUUUAACGUGAACUGACACUAAUGUUUGAAAUCAUACGUGAGAAAUAUAAGCACCUAUGUACUUAGAAUAGGUUUUGAAUGGGAACGCUAGAAAUUAGAAAGAACUAAGAAGGGGUAUGACCUGUGAACGACUAUAACGUGAUGACAAUGACAGAACACACCAGGGUCACCAAGAAAUUGAUGAACAGCUGGCUUUAUGCCUAUGCAAGUUGUAUUUGAGAAAGUAAGAUGUGUGAAAGGAUUAACUCUUGCUAAAUGAAGGAGAAAGUCUGGUCUAAGAAGACAAUGUCUUUCAAUGGAAAUUUGUUGUAAAAUUUACAGAUUAAGAAUUAAAAAUCUGUUGUUGGUGUUUUGUUUGUUUGGGGGAAAAAGUCUGACUUCUACUAUUUGUUUUUACUACCAAAUUGUGUUAGUUAAUUUCUUGUCAUUCUUGUAUGUAAAAUGGGUGUUGGGGGUGGAGGGGUAGAGAAGGAGAUUGAGAACUGGGAGAAAGAAGAGAGAGAGAGAGAGAGAGAGAGAGAGAGAGAGAGAGAGAGAGAGAAAGUGUGUGUUGGGGAUAGAUAAACUACCUGGUAAAGGGUUUGAACAUAUACAAAGUGUUAAAAUUUUAUUAAAAGAAAAAUGUUGGGGUUUGAAAAAAAUGGACCAUCAUUCCUCAUUGGAACACCAUAGCUCAUUAAAAGAAAAAAAGAAAAAAGAAAAAAAAAAACACAAACCAGCAUGGUUUGACAUCAUGUGGGGUCAUGAACAAAUCUGUCUCAUGCUUUGAAAAGUACAUUCAGCAAAAUUUUAAAAAUAAAAGUUUUUAGACAAAUGUGAUAAGGAACCGUCAUCUCCAGUCUCGAUAGGUGGUCAUUUGUAAUUUUCAUAAAAGCAGUUCGUUUGCAGUAUGGCUUUUGUGUAGCUAGGGGGUUUUUAGUGUGAAGAAAGGUAUGUGGGCUUUAAAAGUGAUUUUAAACCUUGAAUAGAAAAAUCACAUAAAUUGGCUUUAAUAAAAAUGUCACCUUUUAUUAUUGACAUUAAUUUAAGUAAUCAUACCAUGUAUUUUUAAAUACACGUCUGACUUGAAUCGUGAGGCAAUAAGAUACUGUCGAUGUGAUGAUCACAGAACCAACCCUUAUAGUUUUACUUAUUUUGUUUACUCUAUAAAUCUAUAGCAGAGUUUCUCUAUUUUGUAUUUCAUAGAUUUAAAGAAAUCCCAAAUAAAGAUGGAUUUUAGAUUCACUGUGGACAAGAAUAUUGAAUAAGAAAGUUUAAAAAGCAAGCAAAUCCUCAAUAAUCUGGAAUAGUCUACACAGCUUUAGAAAUAUACUAAGAUGCGGGACUGUCUUUAACAUCACUGUCAGCUCCAGGCAGGGUACACACAUUAGGUAUUGUUUAAAAUAAUAAAACCAAAAAAAAAAAAUCCAAACUUUUCUUCUGUCGUUUGCACUGAUACUAUUUUUCUUCUGUGUUUAUCCAACAUGUUUAUAUUGUGUGGGGGAAAUUCUGUUUUACUUUCUUGCUUUUCUGGUGAUCCUGGUUUGAUUUUCUUGUUUUGUUUUUGGCUAAGUAGAGGACAUGGACUAGUUGUAGCAAGCAAAACACCCCGUUUGCUCUUCUCAGUGAGUACAUGCUCUGCAGUGGUGGUAACUUAGAGGACGAGAUGGUAACAAAGCUUGAACUAUGAAGGUUAUGGUGUGACUAUUUUGGUACUAGAACCAGUUCAUGCUGGCCAAAAAGACAAUGGUUUUUGGACUUGCAUCCAUUUUGUAUUUUUGUAACAUUUGUAAAUACAAACUUUUUAAAUUGUUGCAAAGAUGGUUUCUUUUGUAAGAUGUUUUCAACGUUUACAUUCAAUCCAAGCCUUUGUAUAUUUUAGAGCUGUGCAACACUUUAAGUCUUGUAUUUAUUUUUAGUAAAAACGGUGACAGUUUCAUUGUGAACCCCUCUCCAAAAAAUGUAUCAGAAAAGUUUGAUUACCUAGAAAGUGUGUAUAGAGACUGCAAAUAAACGUGACUGCAAUUAAACAA